GGCAUACCUUACAAAAUAAGUGUUUGUAUAUGACUCCGUUGGCUUGAUGGUGAUAAUCUCGUUACUGCGCGGCCGACAGUUGUGCAGGCGAAUGUUACGGUGAACGUUCUUUCGUGCUAAUUGGAUAAUGGACCAAGGCAAAAGUCUGUUGAACAUAUAUUGCAACAAUGGGAUGGUGGGUUUGGAGUGGUAGCAAAAAAUUAUAUUCAGCAUGGAAACCGAUUUGAAAUCUGUCACAGGAGUUUUUGAUUUUCUGUAUUGUCUCAUUCUGUAGCUGAACUAGACUUAGGACAUGAGCUGCAGAUGUUGAGCGAAAAAAUACAUGUUACCGGAUUUCAUUUUCACAUGACCUUUAAAACAAAGCAAUUCAGGUCACAAGUUUAAGUAAACCAAUGCAAAACCAGGCCGUAGCCAGCCAUGGUUAGGGCACCAGAUAUCACUUGGCAUAAAAGGGUCUUCACCAGGUGAAUCAUCGGUGUAGACCUCAUGUUUGGGUUGGUUAGAGAAAAGCUUCUUGGCUUAUGUUUGGUGAACAAAAAAGCAUGCAUGGUUUAACCCUACAUCUAAGGUUAUCUCUCAUUUGAGGAACUCUUUGAGAUAAGGGGUUCAAGCUGCCCUUUUGCACCCUCUGUAGUGACUCCACUACCCAGGAAGAUCAAACAAGAUAGUUUUUGUGAUGGUGAACUUUUGCCUUAGUUGUUGUAAUAUUUCAGCUAAAAAUGUUGGGAGAGCCCAGGCCAACAUUAGGGCAAAGUCAACCCAAAUGACCCUUCAUAUUAUUAUCAAUCUGUCUGCUGUGGGGGCUGCUCUAAUCACCUACUAUUUCAUAUGCAAUGGAGACCUCCAUAGCUCAUAGGCAAACCUUUCUUGCAUUGAUCCAUAUGUUACCAAUGGCAUUGUAACCAUACAUCCACCAGCUAUCCAUUCAUAAUUAUUUUUGCCCACCUUUCACCCAAGUAUUUGUCGCAAGGUUUUCGCUGUGGAUACGAAGAUGACACCUGAGGACGUUUUAAAUGUGGGUUCAUUAUUUUCUUCUAAUUUCGAGUGCAAUGCGUGAAUAUGGGCAGAUACCCUAACAAAGCAUGAGUGCUGUUACCUCUUCCCAUAUAUCUGCUACUUACCAAGCUUUUGUGGAAGCCCCUUCUUCCUAAUGUGUAAUAAUUUUCCCACGUAAUCUAACCAACCCAGUCCAUUAGCGAUUCGACGUGCGCGCCCACGAGUUUCACCUUCCAUCAGUUUCUAACGCGUGGUUAGUGGUAGUAUGCAUGACUGGGGUGUAUGAGUGUAGUGUAAAGUGAUAUGGAAGCUCAGCCGGCGACUGGGUUUUAAUUUAGUGGUGGGCAAUGCUAUUCAGCGUUACGAAAACUGUUUGUCCAAGCUCAUAUAUGAUAAUCAAAUGAAAUGGACUGAACAUGUAAAAGCUAAAAUUAUCUGAAGCAUUCUGGUUCUUACUGUAUGGAGCUUACUUAGGGAAUGCUUCGUCGCCGUUUCACCCGCUGUCCUUGUCCAUCUCUAUUGGGAACGCCGCUUGGCGGUAAAUGGGCGCGCCAUUCUUUGAUCAGCUGUGGGGACGCCGGUGGCGCGCGAUUGCGUGCGAGUCUCGAAUGGGUUGUUACUUUUCGCUUGCUUUUGAUUGAAGACCGUUGCGUUUGCAUUUUAUUGUGAGCUUUCGUGGAAGAGAAGUUGUUUUAUUCUGUGAUGCUGACACUAAGUACUCGAAAGUCACGGCGGCAGCCGGCGCCCAAGUCGCCUCAGAAGUCGCCCGGGAGGCUCACAUUGUCACCCCUACAGCUGACCCCGAAGAAGAGACUGUCAAGGUCUAUACCGUCGUCGCCCCUGGGUCUUUCACCAGUUCGUCUAUCACCGGGAAAAAAGGCUGUGACAUGCAAAGGAAGAAAACUUGGUGUGGCAGCUGUCAACACUUCUCGACAUAAGGCUGUGUGCGAAGUUCUGCACACAUCAGUGCCAGAACACUUGUCAUGUCGCCAGAGGCAGACAAAUGACAUCAAGGAGUUCAUCAGUGAGUGUCUGUCACAGUCUUGUGCUGGGAGCAUGUACAUUUCAGGAGCACCAGGCACAGGGAAAACUGCAUGUCUUCAGAAGGUGCUGGCAGACCCAGAAAUUGAAGACAUUCAACAGGUUUGGGUAAACUGCAUGUCCCUGAAGUCAACUGGUGCCAUUUAUAGCCACCUUGUUUCCAAGAUCUCUGGGAAGAGAGGAAACACAAAGGAACGAGAUGCUGUGAAGACCCUGGAGAAAAAGCUAACCAGCAGUGGUGAAAUGAUCCUGGUUGUUCUGGAUGAGAUUGACCACUUAGAGGGCAAGAACCAAAACAUUUUGUACACUAUAUUUGAGUGGCCAAUGCUGAAAAACUCAAGGCUAGUGCUCAUAGGCAUUGCAAAUGCUUUGGACCUGACUGACAGGCUUUUACCACGUCUGACUGCUCAUGUACAAAUGAAGCCUACUCUGCUGCACUUUCCAUCAUACAGCAAACAGGACAUUGCUCAGAUCAUUUACUCUAGGCUGGACAUGGUGGAAGGAAGUGAGGAGGUCAUUGCCCCAGCAGCUGUCCACCUGCUGGCUGGAAAAGUGGCUGCUGUUGCUGGUGAUGCCCGCAAGGCUCUUGCUGUGUGCCGCAGAGCUGUGGAAGUGGUGGAGAGGAAGGUGAGACGUCAGCUGCUGAUAAAUUUGGAUGAAAACGUUGAUGUGAACUCACCCAGAAAGACAACCUCUGGCGUAGUAGGCCCAGCAGUGAUACUGCAGGUUUUCAAUGAGGUGUAUGAAAAUGUGGUUGUUCAGCAGUGCCAGAGUGGUGUUGCAGACAGCUUUCCCAUCCACCAGAAGCUGGCUUUGUGCUCUCUACUGCUGUUGAUGAAACAUGGAUGGAGCAAAGAAGCCCCCAUGGGCAAGCUGCAUGAGAUCUACAGCCGGGUGUGCAGGGGACGCCACGUGGUGCCUGUCACCCAGUCAGAAUUCUGCAGUGUGAUGGAGAUGGUGCAGGCAAGAGGCAUAAUCGCCAUCAAGAACAACAGGGAAUCUAGGCUCAGCAAGCUCUCUCUGAUGCUGGAUGAGCAGGAACUGGUGUGUGCCAUGCAGGACAAGGAGCUGCUGGCAGACAUCCUGAGGGAUGCCACCUUUGCAAGGAAAUGAUGUGCUCUGGAAAUAGUUUGUGGUGAUUGGCAGUUCUUUUAUGGAGUGUUUGCUCAUUUGACCACUACCAUUCUUUUAAGCUGCAUAUGUUUUUGUGUCAUUUAAGUAAUUCAUUGCAAGGUUGUUGAUAUCAGUGUUGGAGUGCUGGUGAUGUCUUACCUCUGGGCUGCUGAAGUGACUGACUAAAGAUAUCAGUGCUGAAGUGCUGGUGAUGUCUUACCUCUGGGCUGCCGAAGUGACUGACUAAAGAUAUCAGUGCUGAAGUGCUGGUGAUGUCUUACCUCUGGGCUGCUGAAGUGACUGACUAAAGCACAUGUGGCUGGGCUCUGAUUGUUUGACAACCUGCAUAGGGAUGUUGCUGUGAUGCAAUUCAGUUAUUGAGGUUGCCAGUGAUUGACUGACCAUACGUUGUGAAUAUCAAGUGGAUAGCCACAUCCUCUGUGUUUUUAGAAAUUUGGCUGGAUGUCAUGUUUUAUGCAGUGAGGUUUUUUAAUGAACUGAUGUUUUGUAUAAAUACAUAUACAGGUGCACUGUUGUCUUUGUGCCAGCAGCUGUGACAGUGGAGUUGAGUAGUUGGCUGAAGUUGGUCUUUGAAAAUCCAGCUUAUCAUUCUGGAGAUAAUUAUGGCUUGUGAUUUCCUAAUUUUCAGGCAUCAAUGAUCUGAGGUCAAUGUGCUUAAAGGGGGCAUUCCUGCAUUCUUGCAAUUUUCACUUGUUAUACCAGGUGAGCACAAUUUUAUCAAUAAGA